CAUUUCAUUUCUAUCGGUGUGACAGCAGUGUGUAAAACCAAAAAGCGCAAAGAAAAGAAGAAAAACAGCAAUUUAAUUGAAUUUCACGUAUUUUGUGGGCCAGUGAAAAUGAGUGCGUGUGUGCCGACACCCCUGGAGGAUAAAACCGGCGAAAAUCGAUGGAUUUCCAUACACAAGAGAUUCGUUUCUGAGCUCCGGGACAAGGAUCCGGAAGUAAUUUUCCUCGGGGAUUGCAUAUUGGAGGGGCUGCAGUUCACUGAGAUGUGGAAUGAGUGCUUCGCCCCAAUGCACUGCCUCAAUUUCUCCAUCCGCGACGAUAGGACGGAGAAUACGUUGUGGCGGAUUCACAAUGGUGUCUUAGACAAUGUCAAGCCGAAGAUUGUUGUCGUGCACGUGGGUACCAAUAAUGUCGACAACGCAGCCCAGGAGAUCGCCGAGGGUAUCGUAGCCGUGGUUCAGGCAAUCCGUGCGCGCCUUCCGGAUGCCUACAUUGUCCUCCCAACACUCCUACCUCGUGGGCAUCAGCCCAAUAAGUUGCGUGAGAAGAAUAAUCAGGUGAACCAAUUGGUGGCCAGCAAGUGCUCAGGGAUGCCACGUGUGCAGAUUGUGUCAAUUGAAAAGGGACUCGUGCAAUCGGAUGGCACCAUUAGCCACCACGACAUGUAUGAUUACCUGAAUCUCACGAAUGCUGGCUGCCGGAAAGCCUUUGAGCCCGUCUACGAGCUCCUACAUCAGAUACUCACGGAAAAUGAACCGGAAAAGGAUCUCACGCCGUCUGAAUAGAAAGCUCCCUGCCCCCCUCCCCCCCCCCAAUCUCCCCCCUCAGCCCAUGACUUGAACGUUUAUUUAUUGAAUUCUUGAAGAUUUUUGCAUUUCUCAGAGGCAAGCUAUUCUCUCUCUCUCAUAAGAUACUCAUUAAGCACCCACCUACCUACCCACUAGCAUUCCCCCCUCCCUCAUGCACUCAUUUCGUCACUCCCCACAUGUUCCCCCUUCUCAAAGUAGUUUUGUAAUUUAUUUGAAUAAUUUAUAAGUUUUUAGAAGGAAGAAAAUUAUAGAGUUGUUAGUGAAAGAAAAAGAAAUCAAAGCUUAAAAAUUCCAUUUUGCUUAUAAAACUUAGAAAUGAGAAAAGAAAAUACUUUAAGACAAAAAAAACCGAAGAGAUCCUUCUUUACAGUUUACCUCAAAGUCUUCAACAGCUCUGUGCAAUUUCUACUUGAUGAACCCCAAAGUGGUUCGCCUAAAGUUGUCUGUAUUUUUUUGAAAAAAAAGAAAAGAAAAUAUUUUUGAAGCCACCCCCGUGAGAAAUUGCUUUUGGAGACACACGCAGCAUGACAAGAAGAAGAAGAGCAAAGCAGAGGUAAAACAUUGAAAAAAGAAAAGAAAAAGUUAUUAUAUAUUGAAAGAGGUAAAAGAAAAAGAUAUUGUGAUGUAUUUGUAUUAAAUUAUCAAAUAAAUUAUGAAGGUAAAAAAUACAGAAAAUAAUUUGCAAAUAAAAUUUUUCUACACUUUUCAUUGCA